UGGCUAUUCAUGAUAUCCUUGCGAUUUUCAUCGAAAGUACUUGGUAGACAUGGCCUGGUGGGGUUAGAGGAAAAAGAAGAUGGCGUGGUGCUAGUGCACACGGACAGCUCGCAGCAGUUGGAAGCGCUGGCAUCGCCGCAUCGCGGUCGUGAUGCCGUCCCGCCUUUGAAAGUGCCCGACGAAGCAACAUGGAAAGGAUUGCCAAGCAAGACCAAGCCCCCAAAGAAGAAAAUCCACUCGAUUGUGCAGGAUCUGGACACGGGGUUGAUGUUUCCCCACGUCAUUGAAACGGUAGCGUCGCCCCUGCCAAGCCCUGCCGCGUUUGCCAGAAUGAUGGACUACAGCACUCUUGACGACGACGACCUCGAGUUUCUACCGCGGAACGACCAGAUCGCACACGGCAAGGACGACAGCAGUAGCAGUAGCAGUGACGAGAGCGAAGGCAGCCAGGCGAGCAGCAAGGACGUGCGCAGCUUUGGGCCUGACGCAGACGUGUUGGUCCCUAGUGUAUCGGUGAAAUGUCUGCGGCUGUGGACAGAAUACUACCUGCGAUGGGAUGCCACCGCUACGAUAGACCGUCAUGGCGAACUCGAGCGCGAAGCCAAGCUGCGAGACGUGCUCGGGGAGUUGGAGUAUUACAAGAAACAGCAACGAAAACGAGAGUCUGGGGAAACCAUCAUGCGGCGGGGGGGGAUUGAUCCAAGGCCUCGGGGGGACGACAGGGAUGGCCGCGACGACGAAAACGACAUGGUGGGGCUCGCCAUGGAGGAUUUGUUUGAAGUCGAGUCCAGGCAAGUGAUGGCAGACCUGGUGGCAUCCCCCUCUCCAACGCCCACAAAGAACGAGAAGGAUGACGUGCUGACGGCGGACAAACUAAGCGCCCACAACCAUCAGAUGGAGGUCGCAGACUUGCAAGCAAGGCAUCGCGUGGCGAUCGAUCGCAUGCAAAUGCAAUACGAAGACUACUUGUCGCAGCGAUUACAGCGUUAACACGAUAGAUAGUUAAGCCACGUUCGGUGGAAAAAACAAAUAAAGUAAUGUUA